AUGCGGCCCACGAGAUAUUCAACCUCACGACAGAAAGCCUGCCAUCAAUGCGCCGCCGCUAAAGCCAAGUGUGAUCGGAAAGCGGAAUGCUGUACUCGCUGUGAACAGCGAGGCCUGUCAUGCACAUACCCACAAUACCAGUCUUCCCCUCAACCUACGGACGGCUCCGGAGAUGUGCGGCCUGGGCUAGGAACUACGGCGGACACGCCAAGCAACCUUCCAUCACCUGCCUAUGAUGCAUCGAACGAUGCUUCUAUCCUUUCGACCGCCGGUUACUCAUCUUCAACUAUUGAGAUUAGCAACGGUCUACCUAGGCAUGUGCCACUUCCUCCAAUUUCGGAACCAGGCCAGACUGCAGACCAGCUUGACUUUUCCAACUUGGACUUGAUAUGCCCCAUUAACCCCGAUGACAUCGCGAACCGGUGGUUAAACAAUUUUGUCCCCUUGCCAGGACAGAAAGUCAAGGAAUACAGCCCCAACAUUGCGGCAUUUAUUCAUCGGAUACUAAAAUCUUACGCAAACGCAUCAGUUCACGGCACCCGAAUACCGCCGUUCAUUCACUGGUCACAGCUGAGCUCACCUUCAAGCUUGCCGCUCUCAACAUGUCUGUCUGUGAUAAAAAUAUGCGAUCGGCCUCUUCCUGGAAGCGCGGGUGUUGCCGCUGAAGUGUUGCAGAGAGAAAUGACCAAACUGUACGAGAAAAAGGAUGAGUUUGAUGACUUUUCGUUGCUCGCAGCCUUUCAAGCAUAUCUUAUAUACGCCAUGGUCAUCUUUUUUCGACUCGGCCGAGACUAUGACCCGUUCCUUCGUCAAGCGAUGAUGAACGCACAAGAGCUUGCAUGCGCAGCCUCGCGAAACGGUCUUACGUGUGCAGCAGAACAGCAAGGGGCUCGGCCAAGGUGGGAGGCCUGGAUAGUUGCCGAGGCGAAGCGCAGAACACUUUUCACCAUGUGUAUGCUUGACAGUGCCUUACUGAGGCAUGAUGGGCUUCCGAGCCAUCUUGCUAUUGAGCUUCGUGGACUGCUCGCCCCAGGAAGUAAGUCAUUGUGGGUAGCAAGAGAACGGCAUGACUGGGAGAUCAAGUACAACGUCCACUUGGCUACAUGGAAUGAUGGAGGUCUCCGCAUUGAUGAACUGUGGCCUAUGCCCCAAGACUUUGGAGAGUCAGACAUUGAGAGGCAACGGGAUCGGGUUGAUCUGUGGUUGGAAGACCUCGAUGAGUAUGGAACAAUGAUGUAUGCAGUCACUAGCUGCACUCAUGGAGGCUAA